UGUUUUUGUCGCUUGGCUUAGGCGUAACAGUGAAACAUGGCGUUGCCCAGUCAGGGAGUCACGCUGUGUUUCUGCUCUGUACUGUAGUGUGCUCUGAACGCGCGCGGGUUUCUGUUUGAGAUAGCAUGAGCUCGUUUACGUUUACUGUGUUUUAUUUAUGUUGGAGCUGAUAUGAACUGCUCGACAACACACAUCUCUACCAUAUAGUGUGUGUCUGUGAGUGAGUACAGUAGAGGUGGUGUUUAGGUGUCUCUCUACCUCAGAAUGACUCACAGACUGACCAGAGUGUGUGCCACCUGUUUAAGGCAGCAGAGACUGAAUAACAAGUAUGUUGAUGCCAGAAAAACUCCCACAAUUUGGACACACGUUCUGAGGAAUUUCAUUAUGGCUCCCAGCAGUUCAGACGGGAAUAGUGAUGAUCCAGAUGCAACGGCUCCACCUGGUCCAGCAGAUUCACACUCCUCUAGAAGAGCCCUUCUGUUGGGGAGACGGAGACCCCUGUCUCCUUUAGAGCGGGUCAGUCAGCUGCUGCCCCAGGAUUCGCUGAGUAAGGAGGUGUGGGAACUGAGGGAGAAAAAAGCCCUAGAUGAAGCAGAAACAGAGGAACAGGCACAGGAAGUGCCUACUGUCGGUGAAUCUCAGGUUGAGGAUGAUGCUGUAACGCAGGGCGAGGAGACUGAAAGGAUGGAGCAGAUGAUGCAGUUUGGGGAGACCUUGCUUGCGGAGUAUCGCCGUAGUCGGAGGGUGGAGUUCCGGAAAAUGUUUCUGCUGCAGGAAGGAGCCAAGCUGCAGAGUAACUGGGGCUUUCUUCCUCACCAGACCAUUGCAGGGCUCCCAUCUGGAAGUGUCCUGCGCACCAGCGUAGGGCUCCCUAUGCUUCUCCGCCGGCCCAGUCUGGAGGAGUUUACUCUGUUCAUGAAACGAGGUCCUGCCAUCUCCUAUCCUAAAGACAUCAGCGCUAUGUUGAUGAUGAUGGAUGUGAGUGAAGGAGACACGGUGCUGGAGUCAGGUUCAGGAUCAGGAGCGAUGAGCCUCUUCCUCUCCAGAGCAGUGGGAUCUCGGGGUAGAGUGUUGAGUGUUGAGGUGAGGAAGGACCACCACAGAUGCUCUGUUUUAAAUUACCAACGCUGGCGUUCCACAUGGAAACUCCGCAGAGGGGAGGAGUGGCCUGAUAAUGUUCACUUCCAUAACAGUGACGUGAUUAACUCUGCACAUUUGCUGGCUGGGCAGAGCUUCCAUUCAAUUGCUCUAGAUAUGGUCAGCCCCCAUUUGGCACUGCCUACAGUGGUCCCACAUCUCCACAGUGGGGCUGUGUGUGCUGUCUACCUGGCGAACAUUACACAGAUUAUUGAUUUAAUGGAGGGGCUGCGAUGUUCCACUCUUCCUCUGGUGUGUGAACGCAUCAUGGAGGUUCAGUACAGAGAUUGGCUGCUGGGUCCGUCACUCAAAAAAGAUGGCACCUUCAACCAGCGUAAACCUAUGAGAGAAGAAACCAGUGAGGAGGAUGAAAACUCAAAUGACGAAGAAAAUGAAGAACAUACCAGUCCAAAGCAGAUACCAUUUGGCAGUGUCCCGUAUAUCGCGCGGCCUCAUCCGGAGCAGUUCUCUCACACAGCGUUCCUUGUGAAAUUACGCAAGAUCCUGAAAUAGAUCAUCAACUUUAUCACCAAUCAUCGUGAAGAUUCAAGCUGAGGCCAAAUAAAGACCACUGUGUAAAAACAAAAACUGUUUCAGUAAAGCAAUGUUAUUAAA